GUCACCUGUUUCGGUGCUGUGAAAGCUAUAGCUACCACAGUGUACCUUUUAAAAGUACUACAUUGUAUGAAUAACAUACAUAUCUCAAAGGCAAACUAAAAUGCAGAAUCGCUGCGCUGCUCCAAACUGUACCAGUGCCAAACCGGACUUUUAUUCACUCUUCCGCUUCCCGCUCAAUGCGGAAAGGUGUAAGACAUGGGUGGAAAAUUGCCAACGGGAAGAUCUUGCUGACAAAUCCCCAGAGCAGCUGUUCAGAUACUACAGACUUUGUGGAAAGCACUUUGAAAGCUCAAAUGACAGCAGCGAUCCUCCAACAACGAUAAAGGAUGACGCAGUACCAACUAUCUUUGAUGAUCCCAACAAAUCUCCAAAUGAAGCAACAAAGCGCGGUAAAGAGACGGAGGAAGACGCAAAGAGUAAGGAAAGAAAAAAAAUCAAAAUGUGUCAAGCUGAAGCGAAUACAGAGGAUCCUAAAGCCUCUUCAGAAGAAGACAAACACAAAGAAUAUCUGCGGUCAUUAUUUGAGGCCCUCAUACUGUUAGGGGAGCAGAACAUUCCCGUUACCAAGCCCAACGGCCAUCAAGGGGACCCUGUCGGAUUAAGCAACUUUGAGGCGUUGCUGCAGUAUCGCAUGAGUUGCGCGGAUGAAGCGAUGAAGACGACUUACGACGCCAACACAGAAUGCUGUUCGUCGCUUCAGCUGAGUCGGCUGAUUGACGUGUGCGAAAGAUGCAUCCGCAGUCAGGUGAUGGAGGAUGUGAAGCAAAAUGGCUUCUUCUCGAUUAUAACCGAGGAUUUGGUGAGGAUCUCAGAAGAGUGGUUCCUCCCUGUGUUCCUGCGUUACGUGGAUCAGUGCAACCACCAGCGCGAGAGGUUUGUCGGAUUUCUGUCUUUUGAAGGAGAUGCGGACGUUCUGCCUGGAAAACUGUUGUCCGAAAUGGUCAAUGAAUGGGGUUUGAACAUGGAGCACUGCAGAGGCCAAUCCCAUUCAUGCUCCUGGAGACACUUUACUCAAAUAAAAGCGUUUGCCGCCAAAGUGAUGGAGACGUAUCCACUAGCGGUGCUCGCAUUCCGACCCACCCGUGCCUUGAACAUAUCGCUAGCCAAUGGCAUGGCUUUGUCAGGAGUCCAGCUUGUCAUGUGCACCCUGAAAAAAAUCGAGUCCUUCUUCAACCAGUCCACUUCGCUGUGUUUGGAGUUGGAGCACGCCAUCUCCAUCAUCUACCCAGACAAGGAGGAGAAGGUCCAGGAACUGAAGGAGACUUGUUGCAGCGGCUGGACUGGAAGACACGAUGCGUUUGAGGUGGCGGUGGAGGUUCUUGAGGCGUUGCUGCUCUGCGUGGACAGCGUGCACGACAACGAAGACUUGCGAUGGAGCGACAAGAUCACGUACGAUGCUUUGGAGAUCUCCAAAGCUCUGUCAGACUUUGAGUUCAUUAUAGCCUUGGUUGUAUUGAAAAACACCAUGACGCUUUUAAGGGCAUUUGGGAGGAACCUUCAAGGGGAAGCGACAGAUAUAUUUUUUGCCGCAGGGAGUACAAAAGCAGUGUUACACUCUCUGAAGGAGGUGUCGGACAACAUUGACGUGUACCAUGAGUUCUGGACCGAGGAGGCGGUCAACAUUGCCGCUUCCAUGGAGAUUUCCGUCGAACUUCCUCGGUCAUUCUUGAGAAAACAUCAAUCAGACUUCCUUCAACCUGAAACUUACUACAAGGAGCACCUAUCAGUUCCUGUGGUCAACCACACCCUCAAGGAAGUCGGCGAACUCUUCACCGACGACCACAUGAAGUCCCUGAGAUGUUUGUCACUGAUUCCCUCGGUCAUAGAGCAGAACAAGGCUACCCAGCCUGACGAAGAAAACAUGCUCGUGUUUAAAAAUGACAUCCCGAACGCAGGCUCUCUCACCGCCGAGCUUCACUGUUGGUGGGUUAAAUGGAGCAAAAAAGGCACAGGAGAAACCUUGCCCUCCAGCCUGCAUGAAACACUGCAGCAAGCUGACGUCAAGUUCUUCCCAAACAUGCUCGCAGUUUUAAAACGUUUGGGCGUCCUGUCCACGUUGGCUCUGGAGAGCGGUUCCGAUGUGGCGUACAAGCACUUCAAGGCAUACAUGGAAAACACUCCUGACGCGGCCAAAUCGAAGAGUCUUGCUCUUCUGAAAAUCAACAAUGAUGUCGGUUAUGAUUUGGAUUCAAUGGUUGACGUCUAUAUGAAGACAUACCCGGGUGGGGACCGGUCGUCAUAGUUCUGAUCACACCUGCAGUUUAGUCACUGAAUGCAUCUACUGUAUUGUGCAGUGUGAGUUUAAAGGUGAAUAUAGGGGUGUUAUUAUAGUCGUAGAGGGCUCCAAUUGGGGCUACUGAGCUCUAUCAUGAAAGCAUGAAAUUUCAACCAUUGAGCAUUGAAGUGACAUCUUUUUUUGGUAGCAGGUGGCCCAAAAGCCGCACUCUUUCCUGUAGCAGUGGGAAUGUUCGUAUCAGAUGUUUGCAUCUGGAAUUUCAUGUUUUCCAUGAUUUUUUCAUGUAUCGAUGAAUAACGCCAAAGUAUUCAAAUUAAACAUUUAAAUGUU